AUGCUUUUAAUAUCAGCUGCAGGAGAGUCCACCACCAUCAUCAUCAUCAUCAUCAUCAUCAUCAUCACCACCAUCACCAUCAUCAUCAUCAUCGUCAUCAUCACCGUCAUCACCGUCAUCGUCAUCAUCACCGUCAUCAUCACCGUCAUCGUCAUCAUCAUCACCAUCGUCAUCAUCACCAUCGUCAUCAUCACCAUCACCAUCGUCAUCAUCACCUUCAUCAUCACCACCGUCAUCAUCACCGUCAUCAUCACCGUCAUCAUCACAGUCAUCAUCACCAUCGUCAUCAUCACCAUCGUCAUCAUCACCAUCGUCAUCAUCACCUUCAUCAUCACCAUCGUCAUCACCAUCGUCAUCACCAUCGUCAUCAUCACCGUCAUCAUCACCAUUGUCAUCAUCAUCACCAUCGUCACCAUCGUCAUCAUCACCAUCGUCAUCAUCACCAUCAUCACCGUCAUCGUCACCAUCAUCAUCGUCAUCGUCACCAUCAUCAUCGUCAUCGUCACCAUCAUCAUCGUCAUCAUCAUCACCGUCACCAUCGUCAUCAUCAUCACCGUCACCAUCACCAUCACCAUCAUCGUCAUCAUCAUCACCAUCGUCAUCAUCACCAUCGUCGUCAUCAUCAUCAUCAUCACCAUCGUCAUCAUCACCAUCAUCAUCAUCAUCAUCGUCACCAUCAUCACCAUCACCAUCGUCACCAUCAUCACCAUCACCAUCAUCACCACCAUCAUCAUCAUCAUCACCACCACCAUCUUCAUCAACACCACCACCAUCAUCAUCAUCAUUUCAUGGUUUAUAUUCCGAUGA